GCCAGAGAGAGUGGUCGCAAUCUGCAGGAGAGGAAGGACGUCCAGGGUCCAGCUGCAUGGUCAGAACAAAGGAAAACAGCAAAGGCAAAGGAAUGAGCAACAGCCAGAAAGAAGUGAAGAAAGUCCAGACAGUUUAUCUCCAAAACCUGGAAAGACUUAACAAAGGGAUAAAGUCUGAUAAAAAGAUUUGGAACCCCAAGGAAGGAGAUUUUGUUGGGCAAGCAGCAAUGGAAAAGCUGCGACCUUCUCCCAUAGCUGGACAAGUUGCCAGAAGCUCAGCUCACAGAAUCAGCAGAGAUCUGACCUGCUCCAUAUGCUUGGAUCUUUUCAAGCAGCCUGUUUCCCUGCCUUGUGACCACACUUUCUGUCAGGGCUGCAUUGAAGGUUACUGGACAGGGCCACGGGGCUCCGGACAGGGGGGUACCGGCUCCUGCCCUCAGUGCAGGAAGGUGUUCCAGGGAAAGAGCUACCGACCCAACCGCAUCGUGGCCAACAUUGUGGAGAGUUACUGCCACGGUCUGGAGGAGAGUGGGAGUGGAGGAUGCCUGGCAAAUGCAGGGUGUACAGAGAGGGCUCCUGCUCCUGUCCCAAGCUGCAGCAGACACAGGGAGGAGCUGAAGCUGUACUGCGAGGAGGACCAGGAGCUAGUGUGUUUGGUGUGUGGUGUGUCCCAAGAACACAGAAAUCACACCAUGAUGUGUGUCCAGGAGGCUGAACAGAAAUACAGGGGAUUUCUUAGCAGUUCAAUGGAUUCCUUAAAAGCUGAGCUUAACACGGCGCUGCAGUGUGACAGGGAGGCUGAAGAUGAAGUCAAAAAGCUCAAGGACCACACCGCUGAUCUGAAGCAGCGCAUCGAGGCCCAGUUCAGCGACCUGCACCAGUUCCUGUACCAAGAGGAGAAGCUGCUCCAGGUUAAGCUGAAGACGGAGGAGCGCAGGGAACUGAUCCGCCUGGAUGAGCACAAGGCCCUACUGUGCGUGGAGAUCUCCCGUCUUCAGAGGGCUGUCCACGAGAUAGAGGACAAACUCAAAGAGCAGGACCCGUUCACUCUGCUCCGGAGCAUCAAAGUCCUGCUCCAGAGGCCUUCUCUUAAGUUUGAGAAACCAACUUUUACACCACCGAGUCUAUGUGAGGGCCGCUUUGCUGGGCCUCUGCAGUACAGAGUUUGGAAAUCUAUGAAGGGCACCCUUUAUCCAGUUCCAGCAGCCAUCACAUUCAACUCCAGCACCGCCAACCCUUGGCUUAGCCUGAGCUCCUCUCUAACCUGUGUCCGCUACCAGACCUUCAACCACACUGUGGAGGACAACCCCAACAGGUUCAACGCGGCCCUGUCGCUGCUCGCAAGUCAGGGCUUCACUCACGGGCGACACUACUGGGAGAUUGAGGUCUACAGCAGCACAGUGUGGACGGUGGGGGUAGCCCGGGAGUCGGUUCCCAGAAAAGGAGUCAUCAAGGCCCUCCCAGCUAACGGGUUCUGGACUCUCACUCUCUCUUAUGGUGUUAGGUACAUGGCUGGCACAUCCCCCCCAACUGUCCUGUCCCUGGAGGAGCCGCUGGCCAGGAUUGGUGUAUACCUGGACUAUAAGCGGGGCCUGGUGUCCUUUUACAACGCAGAGAGUAUGACCCACUUGUACACCUUCAGGGAGACCUUCACUGAGACUCUGUACCCUUACUUCAAUCUCGGCUUUCUGGAUAAAGUGCAUGAAAAUGAGCCUCUCAAAGUUUUCUUACCAAAGAUCUAAACACAGAAAUAAGAGCAAGUAAACAUGCCUGAAGGUAAACAUGAGAAAAUCUCAGUUACUAUGGACUUACAGCAAUGUGCAAACGUCAUGAGUCAAACCUCAUUGAUUUAUAUUUUGCUUCCAGGAAGCCAGACUUUUUUGUAAACUUUUGAAGUGGGCCCUUUCCUAGGGCUGUGUUCUAGUUUCUUUCAUUAAACUUGUAAGAAAUACCCACAAAUAACAGUCUAACACAUGAAAUAGAAUUUCAGCACAAAAAAGGUGAUUCCAUAGGAAAAUAUUUGCUAAAAUCUUGGCAUAGAGUUGAUGCACCUCCUUCAGAGUCUGUGUCAAGAUUUUUUUUUUUCCAGAUUCAAAAACCUUAGAUUCUGUUUAUCAGUGUCUGAUAAUUGUUUUUAGGUCUGCCACUUUUGUUCUCCACUUUCCUCCUUCUUUAAGGACAUAUUGCCCAAUUAGCUGUCUUCAUCAUGUACAUUAGUUGGACAGAAAAUUUGCAAAACAACAGCCAAAAUCUAAAGGAAAAGCCGUUCAGAAAGCUUGGGGAGCUAGUGAUCAAUGUAGCAGUGUAAAAGAUAAGAAAGCCUGGCUUUUUGGAAAAAAAAUGAAUAAAAUCAUGUGUAGAUUAAAACGUUUGCACAGCAUUAUACAUGCAAUAAUAAUAAUAAAAAAAAGGUUGGACAUUAAUUUCCUUUAUGUAUCCCAAACAACCUAAAUUUAGCACUAUCGUGUAUGAUGAGCAGCAUUUUCUAAAACAGAUAGUUGAGUUUGUGGAAUACUUUUUCUCCUACAUGUUUUUUUUCUGAGAAGCUGUGCUUCAAUGAAGAACACCAUACUGUGUAUAAUCACCUGACUGACAUGGGAUGACAUGGCCUUUCUCCUGCUCAUUUGUACAUUUGUAUUCUAAUUUUUGAGAAAUAUAAGUUGAAGUUCAAAA